AGAAAAAGGGAGUCGUGAAGAGAGGAGGAGGAGGAGAGGAGCGAGCGAGGCAGACAGAGAGACAGGAGAAGGUGUGGAUGCGUGUGUGAGUGUAUGAGUGAGUGAGUGUGUGUUGGUCGGCGCUGCAGGUACAAGUCCGAGCCGGAACAACAGCGUUUACAUCCAGCAGCGGGACCGCGGCGCGACCGCCGGCCUCUCCUCUCUCCCUCACCUCCCUCCCCGGAGCCGCGGCCAGUCAUGUCGGGCGGCGGAGAUGUGCGCGUCCUCUGCCAAGAGGCCGGGCCGGAGAGUCCGCGGAUGCCGGCCUGGAAGAGGGAGAUCCUGGAGAGGAGGAAGGCGAAGGGCGGCGGUCCUCCGGGAGCCCUGGAGCCACCGGCGGCCGGGCCGCCGCCGCCGCAGCAGCAGCAGCAGCAGCAGCAGCAGCGGGCCAACGGAGAGGGGGUGGCCGGGGGUGUGAGCGGGGGCAGCGGGAGGAACUACACCAUCACCCCCGCCAGCCAGCACUUCCCCAACAACAAAGAGCAGCAGAGAGCAGCGAGGGGGGACGAGAGACACGAGAGACACGAGAGACAUGAGAGACAUGAGAGCCUGGUGCUGCAGGAGAGUCUGGGGCCGCUGGAAGAGAACCCCUUCAUCAAGCUGGAGAAGGAGCGCCGGCGGCGGCAGGACCGGGACGGCGCGGCCCGGCCGGUGCAGCACAUCCUGGAGCUGUACGGCAGCGUGCCGGGCAUCCGCACCAUCCGCGCAGAGAACAUCAUCAUCAUCGAGUCGGACCCGGACUACUUCCCGGAAGCCGAGGGGGUUAAUAAAGCCGGGCCUAAUUGGCAGCACAACGGAGUGGGUGGGUACAGCUCCCUGAGCGACCUCCUGGACCGGAGGGGCAGUGCCGUCACCGAGAUAAGAGCCAAGGAGGUGGUCAUUUAUGACACCACCUUGAGCAAGAGUGAGGAGAACUUGAGCACCCUGGGGCGCCCUGAUCACGAUGCCCCACGUGAUGCAGGUGAGGGCCAAGGCAGGGUGAGCAGGAUCCUGCAGAAGUUUGACAGCAACUAUGGGGGGAAGCUGCAGAAGAAGUCCCACAGCACGGAGAACCUGCUGGACCUGGAUUGUAGUGCCAGUACGAGGCCGAGGCACUGGGCCAAUAAGCCACAGCCGGAUCUGGUGCCAAAGCACAGGCCGGGCCUGUCUGUGAGCAGCCAGUCACCGUCACCUGUCUUCCAGGGUGCCUGGUCUUCCAAACCAAAACCUCAGGCCGCUGUCGCUGACCCGAGCAGCCCACGGCGCCAUUCUGGGUUUCCACAGUCUGUGUCUUCCUAUCGUCACUUGUUUGAAGAACCCGUUCCCAGAGAUGAGACUGACAGAGGACAAAACAAGCUGACCAGAGAAAGAGAUUGGGAGGGCGCCGAGGUGGCCCCUAAACCUAAGGUGCCAUGUUCUCCGGAGACCCGCCGUGCCCGUGCCGAGGCCCCAACAAGUCCCAUCUUAUACAAGGUGUCCCGUUCCUCGUCUGAAUUCGAGAUCCGCCCCUCCCCGAAGCCAGACCUUGCCCAGAUUCCCGAUGGGGACACUCAAGCACGGGCCCUGGCAAACCUGCGCCUGCAGUCCCGAAACUCCUUCACAGUGAUCCCAAAGCGCCGUCUCCCUGGCCCUGGAGCAAGCGCAGGAUCACCCGGUCCCAUCAAGUCUUCCCCCUCACACUGGGCGACAGAGGUGCCAACCUCCCACACCCCAGAACACUCGCCCACGUCCGCAAAGAGGAAGGAGUUGAAAUUAGAGGAAGACACGGAGUUGGAUAGGGCAGUGAAGACAUCCAAGCCUGACCAGUCUCCUACAGUUGCCACAAGUCCUGCUUCUCCUCCAACCUCUGACCCCUCACCUCCAUCCCCUGUUCUCAGUGCAGCUCCCUCAUCUUUACCUAUCCUGGCUUCACCCCCCUCUUCUCCAGCUAUCCCAUCUUCACCGCCAUUCUCUCCUGUCGCAUCAGGCCCUCCUGGCUCAUCCCCUUUCUCUCCUACCCCGUCACCAGCACGAGAGCAUCCCACUGCUGAUCAUCUGCCAAUAACAAACAUAGACGACAUUGAUGUGGAGCCCGCAAAGCGCGUCCCCGUUCCCAGCCCCAUGGUGCAAAGGAAAAAGGGGAACACUUUUACUGUGGUGCCUAAACGUAGGGUGGAGGUGGAUGGUCAGUCCGGCUCCCCGGAGCCCCAGCAGGAAGCCUUGAGCGAAGCCCUACCGGGCUCCACACCACCCACACAGGCACCUUACUCUCAGCUGGGCACCCUGCUGAAGAAGCGCUAUCCUGCCGUGGAGGAGAUUGAAGUCAUUGGCGGCUACGUAUCCCCUGCAAAGUCCUGCCUCUCCAAGACUGGAUCCACUGGCAAAAAGCUCAAGAUCUCCUUCAACGAGUCGAGCCUCCAGAGCACGUACGAGUACCCGUCAGAGAGCAGCGCGUGGGACAGCGGGGAGGAGGACGAGGAAGAGAAGCAAGAUGGGAAGCUGGCGGACGAACAGCCGAGCAUGGUGGGGCGCAUCCACAUCCCCAGGGCCACUUUUACUGGCUCGCCCACCCACGGCAGCAACGGCAACGACCUUUCCAGCUACAUUCCUAAGCACUCGGUGGACAUCAGCUCCUGGCAGGAACACAAACAUGAGGACGGUGUUUACCAGGAAGACAACACUUCUGUGCAGCCACAGAUGACGGAGGAGGUCAUGCUCACGCCGGCAGACAGCUCCUCCCUGUCGGACUACAGCAGCGAGCCUGCUCUCUACUUCUGACCAGUCCAAGCCGCUCAGCUGUACAGUAGCAUCACAGCGUCGCCUCUGGUACCAGAACGCAGCUGGAUCCCGGUGGGAGACCCAGAGCUGCGCUGCUUCCACCUUCACACUCCAGUCGAGUACAAGCACACCAUUACGAUGAAACGGGAAACAGUGUUAUCAAUUCUUUUUUUUUGUUUUGUUUGUUUGAGCUGAUUUCCUGCCACAUUACAAUUACAGGCCAGGUUAUCAAAUGCAUAUCGGAGCAGAAAUUUUUUUCACCAGGCACCUGGUGUCCAGUUUCCACCAGCUUCCUUUUAGAUAUAGCAACAAAUCACAACUAAAAAGCAGCUGGGCUGUCUUUUCCCCCCUCGGACUGCGGACAGUUGAUCUGUCAGCAUCACUCCUUCCUCAUCCUCACCAUCAAGAUAUUUGGAAAACUCCUCUUCACUAUUUUCAAGGACUUCACUGCAUUCCUGUUCUUCCUGCUUGCUCCAAGUCUCAAAUUCAACAUUAGUUUUGUUAUCUUUGGACAAAACGUUGAAGUGCAGCGGAGCUGAAAGGAAGCCACCAGUGUCCUUAUGUCAGGUGUCAGCACGGUGAUGGAGUUCAGUGUUAGCAUGGAAACUUAGGACUUUCUCCAGAAAUUCAAGACCUGGAGGACAUUUCUGCUUCCACACAGUAGAUCGAUGGCAAAUGUAACACAAAAAUGCAAAAAAAAAAAAACACAAAAAAAGAAGGGGUGCCACAUUUGUACGCUUUUUUUUUUCUCCCCAUUUUGUUUUUGUACCUGCAUGAUUUUGUUUCAGUCAACAUCUAUGUUGGUUCUUUUACUCUUAAGCUUUGCCUUUUUUAGUUGGUGUUUUUUGGUGUAUUGUACUCUGUUGAGGCUGCUGGCCGUUCGGUAGAGGCGUCCAAUGACGAGCACGCUUCAACGCACUCCCCUACUUUUUCACAUAUGGAGGAAAACGUAUGCACCCUGGGGAGGACAUCUGUCAAGUAGCAACUCUCCUUUCUUAUUAAAUACUCGGGAAAAAGUGCCCUUCGCCAAUAACGUCUGUAUGUCCAUAUUUUUGGUGACAAAAAAAAAAAGAAGAAAUCAUCGCAAUGUGGAAUGUGUCUGUAAAUCCUCUCAUCAAGUUAUCUGUCACAUUUACGGAAAACUGACAGACCUCCUGAGAGGUUCUCUGGCUUCUUGUGUAUUUAUUUGUGGAUUAAGUUGAAGUUUGCAUGUCUGAAACGUGCUGACUAUAAAUAUUGGCUGGUGUUGAAGGAACCAGAGGGUGCACAUGCAGCCCCGCUGGACUGUUUUGUUUUUUUUUUGGGGGGGGGGGGAUUCUCGGUCAGACCUCAUGUACUUUGACAUUCCACAGAGAGCAGCCCGUCCAUGAAGGAAUCUUAAUACUCGGAUCAUUACGAAAUGACAUGUUUGUGCGAACAAAUGCAAGAUUAUGUGUGCUUGGGAGAUUUUAUGGUUUUCUUUUAUAUUAAAUUAUAUAUAUAAAUAAAUAAUGCGAAAUGCACCAACUUUCCAGACAUUUUUCUUUUUUUUUUUUUUUUUUUUACUCGUGUUGCCAACUGAUUAAAGUGUUGCUGCAAUGGCACUACUCACAUUCAUUUUCUCACACUCCCAGGAUCGUCUCUUCAGCCAGUAUUGCUGUACAGGUUCCACCUUAUGCUGAGAAUUACAGUGGUUUUUUCUUGGUUCCAUCAGUACUUUUUACUUUGAUUUUCCUUCCAAUCAGAUGAAGUUUGUUUAUCGCUCAAAGCUGGAUUUUUGCUGUUUAAUGAAUUUAGGAGAUAUUUGUAUUGUCAGGAGUCUUUGGGUGUUAAAUGUCUUUUGCACUGUCAUGCUUUCAGCUGCGUUUUGCACCUCAUGAGAAGUUAACGUAGAGGCGAUAGAGGAAACUUAAAAUAACAGGAAAUCUAGUUGAAGAGUUUUUGUUUUUAAGUGACAGCCUCUAUUAUUGACAACAGAUGUAAAACCACUAACAGCUUUGUGAAGUUAUUUUGGAUUUGUGGCAUUUAUGCUUUUUUUUUUUUUUUUUUUUUUUUUUUUUUUACAUGAAUGGAGAAGAUUUUGAAAUGAAAGUUUUCAAUGGUACAUGGUGAGUGCACUGCCCAUGUUUGUGUAUUUUAUUUCUUUUUGGCUUCAGUCUUGCUUCAAACACUCAUGAUUGUUGGCCUUGUCACUGUGACCACAAACUGCAGCACAAGUGUAGUUUCCCAUGCAGGUCCAGCGCUUUGUCUGGGUCUUAAAGUAACUUAAAACAUUUGUCUUGUAAAAAAGAGAGGAAAAAAACGGUUUUGAUUUGUCACCAUCUGAUCUACAGGAGUAGACCAGAUGGACAACUUUUAGAUGACAACUGCUAAUUUAUUACAGGUUGCAAAUACUCAACCCUUCUGCAGACUAUUGGCAAAUGCUGACUCUAUUUUUGAAGUCUGACAUUUCAAUGAUCAUCUAAUGGCAAGCAAAAUCCCGUUCUGUUGGAUUAUUAUCUGGUUGGCCGGGAUUUUCAUUUCAAAUACUGUGCAAGUACCACAUCAAAGUGAUGGUACACCUUUACAAGGGAAACUAUCCAAUCCUGGUGGUUAGAAAUUCAAAUGAAAUACCCCAUUAUCUUCCAAUGCUGUUCAGACUUUUCCAAUCAAUCUGUAUUGGAUUCAUAUAAUGUAGGUAAAUAUAAAGUGUCUGGCAAAAUGUAUUCCUUUUGGUAUUCUGUGUGCAAUAAAAACCAUUGGAUGUUCAAAGUUAAGAAAAACUAAUAUGGCAUGCAUUUGCAAAAAGUAACCAAUGGCAUAUAUUUAGACUUAAAUCUUUUUAAAACGUGCAGUGUUCUUUACAGUUACUAAGCUCUGUGGCGCCCUCUAGCCACAUUCAUGUGCUGCAAAAAGUUGAAGUGGGAUAUCCACCCCAUAAGUCCUGCGUGGACCUGCUGUGGAAGCUGGGCUCACAGUCACCUGUCACACCUGUGGAUCCAUCUGUGGUAACUGCUGCCUUUGUUGACCAAAACCCCAGAGAGGUUGUUGCCUCUUUGAGUGAAAUGUUUUUGUGUGUGUAAAACUGAACCGAAUGAACCAGAUGGGCAGAGCGAAUUGUGGGGGGUUGGGAGGGGGGGGACUCCACUGAUUGUCUUAAAUGACACCAGCAAGUAUUUCUCCGAAUGCCAUUAGCAGAAACAGACUUGACUCAGUGCUUCUGACGUGUACAUGCUUUCUGUUGCUGCACUGCUUCCCCAUCGGCCCGCUCCUGCAGGGAGUGAGCAGUUUGCAUUGGUAAUGUUGUAGCAACUCUGUGGUAGAAGCUCCAUCUUGUUCAUUCUUUACUUUCAUCUGUAAAUCUACAUUUGCAACAGAUGUGCUUACUGUAAACUUGUCAACAACUUGGGAAAGUAAAAAAAAAAACUGAUGUCAUACUUGUACAAAUGGGAGUUCAAUAAAUAGACUUGAACAAAUGAA